CAGGUGAAUCAACAAUUUUGUGUUGGCUAACCUGUUGUAAACGUGUAGUGUUGUUAUGCGAAUCCAUAUAUCGUAUAGUACGGGGAUUUUGUGGUUAAGUUCGGAUUCCUUUCAUAUUAUUGUCCAAAACACAAGACCUGUAGAUCGUGGAUUCGAAAUACACAAAUCCUGUUCAUUGAUUUUGUUAAGUAUUUUUAUGGUUGUUUUAAGUGAGCAUAAUAAAGAAUGGCUUAUCCGGGUUUAGCAUGUGUAUUAAUCGGAAUUACUGUAGCAACUAUUUUAUAUUAUAUGUUUGGAAACGACGAACGUGAUGCAUAUACGUAUGAAAGAGAUAGAUACAGAGAUACAAUGAGAGAAUCACAAAGAGAAAAUGGCUAUAAUUCAGGCUUUCAUCGUAGGAACAUAUCACAUAAUACAGAUUUUGAUGAUUGUACGAUAUGUUUAACACCUUUGGGAGCUGGGAGAAAAAUUGUGCUCAAGGCUUGUAAUCAUGCUUUUCAUAAAAAUUGUAUCGAUGAAUGGAAACGACUUGAGAAAUCAUGUCCAAACUGUAGAAGUCACAUUGAAUAGGACUGCCAAAUCAGUACCGAAUAAAUAUUGACUAGUAUAAGAUUUUUGUAUUCGGUUGAAUAUUGUAGAACACACAUUAAGUUCACAUCAUACUAAGAAUUGGUUGUUACUGAUAUUACUAACUGGAGAGAAUUUCUUGAUUCUUUAUUGUGAUAAAACGUUUGAAAUCAUUGUUUAUUUGUGACAAAUCAAGGGAAAGUUUUAAUUCAUGAAGAAAUACUUCAUAUAACAUAAGAGUUUUGUUGUUGCCUUACAUGUUUAAGCUACCGUGUUUCUAUAAAACUGCAAUGCCUUUUCAAAUAGUAUAUGUUACAGGGUUACAUAUGUUAUGCUGCAGUUUAUCAGAACUGCAAUCUAUUUUUAAUCAUGAAAUUUAGACUAUGUAUGCGAUAGUUUGAAUUUACUUUUUAGUAUUUAUUGAUAUAUAUAUUACUAUAAAUUUCAUUAGUAAUAAUACUUCAUUCUUCUUCUUAUACUGAAUCGAAAAUAAUCAUGAAAAAAUGAAAGUUAUGCAACAUAAUCAAUUAGUCUUUGAUAAAUUAUAUUUCUCAGUUUAGCUUUUAAAAAUCUAAUUCAGAAAUUCAAUGCUGGGUAAUAACUUCACUAUACAAAUAAGUUAUUGAUUUAGCUAGUAAUACAUUUUAUAUCAUUCACAUUGCAUAUGUACUUUAGCUUAUUUAUAGGAUACAUUCAGAUAUCUUAUACACUUUAUAAAUUGUGAUAAUUUAAUAAGUUUCGAUCCUAGCUUUUUAUUUUGCAGUCUGUAAAAUGUUCAUCAUAUAUAGCAAUUAAAUUAAUGCAAUAAAUUUUGUAUGUAUAAUGAAAAAAAUUCUUGAAUCAAUUGUACCUAAAGUAUAUCUUUAUUUUGUCCAAAAUUUUUCACUUUUGUUCAAUAUUACUUUCA